AUGUGUCUUGCACUGUUUGGUCUCGAAGCACGGAGCAUUGCAUUCAAAGGUGGUUGUACUGAGGUCAUGACAUACUCGCGGCGAAACCGGUUGCUUCCUCUAACCCUGAUCGCAGCUGGAGGUUUGCUCUGUCACACCUUUGUUGGACCUGGGUAUACGCCCAGGCGCCCUGAGUGCAAAUCAACAGAUGGCAGGACAGUUGAUUGCGCGGUGGACAGCUCGGAGACAACAGUACUUCCGCUAGCGUUUGCUUUGCCUGCAAUCGCAAGUGUUGCUUUGCUCCUUAGCGUCCAGCCAGCCCAUGCAUUUUUACCAGAAGAGGAGCAGCAGGGCUACAUCCAAAAUUUCCUUGGAUAUGCGAACUUAACCAUCAACUUUAUUCUUGGCUUCUUCGGUAUGGUGUUUGGCCCAGUUAUCAGGCAAUUUCAAAAGCCUGGCCCACAGAAGUAUUUCAUCGCAUUUGGUGGCAUCGGAGCGAUCGUAUUCCUUGGCUGGACUGUGAAAGAAAUGAUCGCCGUCUAG